GCACUGAACAUCAAAUGGCCAAAAUCUGAUAGCAUAUUAUCUUCCCUAAAAAAUCGAGAAAAUCGAAUCUGUCUUCUUCCUCCUUUGCUGAAUUUCAAAUUCUCCAAAUUAGCCUCUUGCAAUCUCUGGAGCUCCGCUAGUUCGUUUCUAAACCUGCAAAAAUGGAGAUUUUGAGCUUAUUUUUCGGCGGAAUUUAGCCUGUGGUGGAACAAUACAUGGCAGUCUUAGUGGCGCCCUCUUCUAUCUUCUCCUGUUCUUCGGCCCCCCGCUCCGGUGCUUUUCUUUAUGGAAAUUUGAAGUUAACUCAUUGGCAAGGUGUAGAAGGCUGUAAAAAUGGGAAACAAGAGUUAAAUUGCUUCAAGGUUGGAAACUUAUUUCCAAUUGUACAAGGAAACUCAAAAUCAAAAUUAGGGUUUUUGGCAAGAGGCCUGACUUGCUCUGCUAUUUCUGAGGAUCAGUCUACUUAUACUACACUGAAGCUGGACACUGUGGAUCCAGAAGAACUGGAUAUCAUUACUGAGGAUUCAUCUACAGAAAGCAGCUUAUCACUCCCUGUUGAAAGAACUACUGGAAAACCAGGAUUUAUUUCAUUCCAUGGCCUUCCAUAUGAAAGGAGAGGAGAAAUUCCUGGAUCUAGCCUGGGCAAGGAAAAGUCCAGGAUCUUUUGGUUUAUUGGACCAACGGUGCUGGUGGCUUUCCUGGUUCUCCCAUCACUUUACCUACGGAGGAUAAUUUCUGCUUUUUUUGAGGAUUCACUGUUAACAGAUUUUCUCAUCUUAUUUUUCACUGAGGCUCUUUUCUAUGGAGGAGUCGCAAUAUUUGUUUUACUCAUAGAUUAUGUCUGGAGACCUCUCAAAAUGGUCGAUGCUAAGAAUAACAAUUGGUCAAAGAUCCAGUUUGGGCUUCGAAUUUCUUCAGUCACAACGUUAGCACUGAGCCUGAUCAUUCCCCUCGUGACCAUGGGGAUGGUUUGGCCAUGGACUGGGCCAGCUGCCUCUGCUACUCUUGCACCGUAUCUUGUGGGUCUUGUUGUACAAUUUGCUUUUGAGCAAUAUGCUCGACAUCACAAGUCACCUGCUUGGCCAGUCAUUCCUAUUAUCUUUCAGGUGUAUAGGCUGCAUCAGUUGAAUAGAGCAGCCCAGUUAGUGACAGCACUCUCCUUCUCAGUGAGAGGAACCGAGACAACGCCACAGACUCUCGCCAUAAAUGGCUCCCUUGGGACACUCCUAACGGUUCUCCAAAUCCUUGGGGUCAUCUGCAUCUGGUCCCUUUCGAGUUUUCUCAUGAGGUUCCUUCCCCCUUCAGUAGCCUCUCUUGAUUCCAGAUAACCUUCUUGAUACUGAAUGCUUUACUUUUAAGUUUCAUAGGCAAGGAAAAGAACAGACCUUGCCUUUAAAGCUUGAUAAGAAAUGCAGCCAUGUACUUUUGCUCAUACCGUUUCGAGCUUUCAGACGCUUUAGGGCUUGUUUGGGAUAGCUUUCUUGAUACUUUCUAAAACAGUGUUUUAUAAAACACUGUUUUAGAAAGUAAUGAAAAAGCUGUCCCAAACGAAACCUAUUUCAACCUUGUCAAAGAGGAGAGCUAAAACUAACAUUCCAGUUUCGAAUGGAUUCUUAAAUUGAGGAGUGGAACUAAAGAAGUUCUUACUUCUGAUCUUUGAAGCUGGAAUGUUAUUUUAGUAAUAGCAGUGAAGUUUUCUUUAGAUAAUGGAAAUAUGAGUGAAAGGAAAUGAAAAAGAUUUGAAAUUUUUUGAAGAAUUGUAAUAGAUACAUAAAUUGCUUGCAUUUCAUUUCAAUUGUAUCAGUUCAUUUCAAUCCAAACUGGGCCUAAAGAAAUGCAAUAGAGCUACUUUGAAGUUCUCUUCCA